AUGACAAAAAGAUAUUGGAACAUCACUUUUGAAGAGAUGAUGGAAGCUGGGGGACUUGAGAACGGAGCAAAAGACGGGAAACUGAACUCUCUUCCAAAAAGAGAUGCCACUAUGUUGAAGAGACCAAUUAUCUCAUUUGGAAAGAAUCUAGGCGGUAUAAAAUAUAUGACAAGAUUACCUGAUAUUGUAAUAAUCCUUGAUCAGCAAGAAGAAUAUACGGCUCUUCAAGAAUGUAUCACUUUGGGAAUUCCAACGAUUUCUUUAAUUGAUACAAAUUCUGACCCAGAUCUUGCAGAUAUUUCGAUUCCGGCUAAUGAUGAUGCUAUAGCUUCCAUCGGAUUAAUUCUUAACAAAUUAGUUUUUGCAAUUUGUGAGGGUCGUUCUAGCUAUAUACAAAAAAAUUGA